GGCUUAGCCAUCGGAGCCCGACCCAAACCUGAAGCCCUGAAUUGCGCUGCCAAGUCGCUGACCCGAAGAGACACCAGUGUUGUGCGAACUCUACUACACAUACACGAAACCACCGAACUGAACGUUCUUCGAAGGUACUCAGGUUGCGAUGGCCUGUCCGAAUGGCUCUGUGCCAUUGGUUCUGCCGUGGACGAACAACUCCGUUUCCGCAGCUGGAACAGUUCUAUCCAGGGGAAUCUCUUUUUCAGUUGGCACUCCUCCACAAUCAUUCUCUUUAACGCCUUCGACGUCUUCGAACAAUUUGUUUUUGAAUAGCGCAGCGGAAUGCGUGGCGGCCACGAACAGCAGCUGCAUUGGUCAGCUUGGUGGUAUAUAUGACAGUGCUACCUCGACCUCAUUUGCAGAGGUUGAUUAUUCAACUUGGGGAGGCAGUAGGGACACUGUCGAUCUAGCAUUGGCGAGCUCAUACGUGUUCUUCGACGAUGCGAUGAGCUUUGGCCUGAAACCGACAGCCAACAAGUUUGCACCCUUCCCGAUCUAUACCAAUGGCUCUUCAGAUACCAGCGCAGACCCGUUCAUGGCGGGCGAGCCAAACUCAAAAGCAACUCUGCCAUUAGGGUUGAACUCGACUUUUUUGAACCACCUCGUCGACUCUGGCCAAGCAUCGUCUAGGACUUUUGGACUCUGGGUUGGAUCCGAAUCUGAGGAUACGCCACAGGACGGCCUGCUCGUCAUAGGGGGUUACGACGAAAGCAGGCUCAAGAGCGCAGCAACUACCUUUCCUAUGUUCUCUAACUGUUUGACAUGCGCCAUCCUCACAGCUAUAACGUAUGAUGUUGGUGGCAAGAGUACCAGCCUUUUCUCAGACGCUACAGAUACUCUCAUCGUAAAUCUCGACCCAUUCUCCUCAGAUCUCAAACUUCCAUCACAGAUGCUACAGAACCUCGCGGCCGCAGAAACGACUGCUGUGUGGAACGGAACAUCACGCCGAUUCGAACUUCCUGCCGCGACAGCUCCUGUGGGUACUGUCACUAUUACCAUCUCUGAUACGGGCGUGCCGCUCAAAGACGCAUCGAAGCCUUCAGUUGCCACGUACAAGACAGUCAUUCCAGCAAGUGAGCUUUACAGUCGGCCACGGGCGUACAACGCUGCAGGCGUGCUAGAAGUGGACAACGCCACUGUAUACAACAUGGCCGUUACGAACCAAACAGGUGCAAUCACACUAGGAACCUUGGGCCUACCCUUUUUCACUCAAAACUACCUUGUGGUCGACCCCGAUGCGCGGAACUUCCAAUUGGCACCCGCAGUCGUCGCACCCGCCGACCCCAAAGGCGCCGACGCAAAAGUCAAGCAGGUGUGUCGCAUCCUUCCCAACACGAAGCCCAAAUCCCAGGUCGCCCUGCUAGCCGGAGCGAUCGUCGGUGCCAUAAUUGGCACGCUUCUCCUCGUCGGCCUGGUCUGGUACAUACGUCGACGCAAGCAGAAUACCAAUGCGCGGCACUCCUGCGGCGGCAGCGAAGCAGCAAUCACAGCAUCAGUCAACCCACUCUGCGAGCGCGCCCCCACCCGAACGUCCUCGGAGAACAAGAGUCUGGAGCUGCCGCUCCAGGUUCCACAGCCUGUCGCCAUGUCGUUGCGCGAUAGCACUAUACUUCGCUCUUCAGUUCCUAAUCGCGCAAUGAGCAAUCGCAGCGGAAGAAGCGAUAAUAAUAAUGGUAAUCCGAGGAGAGGCCUGGUGCAUGACGUUUUUCGGAAGGUAGAUGAGGAGAAUGAUGGGAGGUUGUUGGAUGAGAGACCGAUGGGACUUAGUGAGACUAUUCACUCGACUAAAACAUUGCCUCGAUUGGCUGCGGAACAUGAGGUCUGAGUAUAUGUUUUCAAAGUCAUGCA